AUGGCUUCUCGAUUACCGUUUCACCGUCUUUCCGAGCAACAUCUGAGGGCUCUCCCUCGACACGCCAGCACCCCCCGCAGCCUCUAUAUCAGCUGUUGCAGGAACUUCACGUCCGUCGCGCUCCAGAAUUGCGCUAAGGGCUCUCUCAGACCAACUUCAAGACUCCAGCAAGUCGCGGUUCUCGGUUCUAACGUCUCUCGCUUCAACAUCGCUCCAUUCGGGCGAUCUCAAAUCAGAACUUACGCGGACACUAUUGUUAAGGUUCCGCAGAUGGCGGAAUCGAUUACCGAGGGGACAUUGAAGCAAUUUUCUAAGCAGGUUGGCGACUAUGUCGAGCGGGAUGAGGAGAUUGCGACCAUCGAAACCGACAAGAUUGAUGUGUCCGUCAAUGCUCCAGAGUCCGGCACAAUCAAAGAGCUCCUCGUGAGCGAAGAGGACACGGUUACGGUUGGGCAAGACCUCAUUAAGCUGGAGCUUGGAGGUGCCCCUGAAACCAAGAAAGAAGAGGCAGCCGAAAAGCCAGCAGCGCCAGCCGCUGCUGAUAAGCCCACAGCUUCAGAACCCGAACAACCUAAAGUACCGGAAGCAUCCAAAGCUUCGUCUGAGAAGGCUAGAACACCCGAGCCCAGUCCCUCGAAGAAAGCAGAGCCAACGGCUACCAAGUCGCAGGCCCCUGAGGAUGUGAAACCCAGCGUUGGUGGUCGCGAAGAGCGGAGGGUGAAAAUGAACCGGAUGAGAUUGAGAAUUGCGGAACGUUUGAAGCAGUCCCAGAACACAGCAGCUUCGCUUACUACGUUCAAUGAAGUCGACAUGUCCUCUCUGAUGGAAUUUCGGAAGUUAUACAAGGAGGAUGUUUUGAAGAAGACCGGAGUGAAGCUUGGAUUCAUGAGCGCCUUCUCUCGUGCUUGUGUUCUGGCUAUGAAAGACGUUCCUGCAGUCAAUGCCUCUAUCGAGGGCCCCAAUGGCGGAGACACCAUUGUUUACCGCGAUUACGUGGACAUUAGCGUGGCCGUUGCUACCGAGAAAGGUCUCGUGACACCAGUGGUCCGCAACGCGGAAACCAUGGACCUUGUCGGCAUUGAGAAGGCCAUUGCGGACCUUGGGAAGAAGGCUCGUGACAACAAGUUGACUAUUGAGGAUAUGGCUGGAGGCUCCUUCACCAUUAGCAAUGGCGGAGUCUUCGGAUCUCUGAUGGGCACCCCGAUUAUCAACCUCCCACAGACAGCUGUUCUUGGGCUCCACGCAAUCAAGGACAAGCCGGUGGCUGUGAACGGUAAAGUUGAGAUUCGCCCCAUGAUGUAUCUCGCCCUGACCUAUGAUCACCGUCUCUUGGACGGCCGCGAGGCUGUAACUUUCCUGGUCAAGGUCAAGGAAUACAUCGAAGACCCUCGUCGCAUGUUGCUGGGCUAA